AUGCGACCCAUGCAGCAGAAGCCGGCGCGCACGGGCUCCGGACAAGGCCGCGGUCGUCCGCCUGUGCAUCCUCAGCAAGCCACAGGCGUCGGUCGCCCGUCGACAUCGUCGGCUCAGCGCCCCGCUGCUGCCUUUGGCACACCUCCGCCUCGUGUCGACACGACGUACGUUGCUCCCGCUCAAGCACGGUCCGGGACGUUCCAGAGCGAGGGUUUCGGGCACGAGACCGAGACCUUUGACCUUUCAUCGCUGGGCAUCCCUGGACUCGGCAGGGCCGGUGCCCCGAGCGCGCCCCGUCCGCCCCACUCGGCCCAUCUGCCCCGUCCCCCCGUGCGCCCCAUGCCCCGCGGCGAAACCGGUACGACCUUCGCCCGCACCUUGACCAUGGAUCGCUCCGUCCGGGUUCCGCCCGAGCCCCUCGCGAUCGCUCGCUCCGCGGCCGGUGGCAGCGGUGGCGACGGCGACGGCACCGUCAACGACGGGCUUAGGACCGGCCGAGUUCCUCCCCCGACGGGCGCCCUCGACCGCCUUCCGGCGGACCCGGUCCUUGGAGCCGAGCCCACCGACAUCGCUCCGGACACUGCAGCGUCGAUGGACGAUGGCGCAGCCGCGGCCACGGAGGCGGGCCCGCGCGAAGAUCAGGACGGCACAAGAGGCGACGCCGACGAGGAUCUGUUCGUCGUCGACGAACCUGAAGUCGUUGACGACGACGGGGGCGAGGGCGAGGGCGAGGGCGAGGGCGAGGGCGAGGACGUCGACAAGCAGACCGGCGGCGGAGGAGCCGGCACCAGCCGCGCCAAGCAGGCCGGCGGCAGGGGAACCGGCACCAGCCGCGCCAAGAGGCCUACCGGUCCGGCUUCAACUGAGGCGGCACGCGGCGUGGCCGCUCUCGCCAAACAAGUGGACCAGCUGCAGAGGCAGCUCGAUCUCGUCAUCCGCAUCAUGGUCGACGCCUUUUGGCCAGAGAUGGGGUCCCAACGCGAGGCCAUGCGCGCCGUCCACGCCCGCCUCGGCAUGCCUGCCACAUUCGGACCGGCUCCGACGAUCCCCGACCUCCUCGACGCGGCGGUGGCAGAGGCCGCACAUGGGGAGCGACAGACCGAGCAGGCCGUCAUUGAGCAGGAGGUCGAACGACGAGCCGAGCACGAUCGGGCCAGGGCCGAGGCUGACCAGGCCGAGAACCGCGACAUCAUUUCGUACAGCAUGAGUGGAUACGACACGAGGCCCGAUUGGGAGGUGUAA